AAAGAAAAAGGAAAACAUAAAAAAAGCACAGCACAAAGGUCAAUUCAAUUCCCUCCAAUUUCAGCUUCCGUUCCCCGCUCCUCCGAAUUUCGCUCUUCAUCUUGUUCAGCGCACAGACUACAGUGGAGCUCCUAAUCACUUCAUUUCAGCCGCUGACGGGAAUUAGAUGUAAUUAUGCUGUAUUAUUUCCACUUCUUUCCUCAAAUUUAGCGGAGAAGCCAGUGUUCUAGAGCUCCAUCAUGUUCAUAAAGCAGGUCGUAAUAGAAGGGUUCAAGAGCUACAGGGAGCAAGUUGCCACUGAAACAUUCAGUCCAAAAGUUAACUGUGUUGUUGGCGCCAACGGAUCUGGUAAAUCUAACUUUUUCCAUGCAAUACGUUUUGUGAUAAGUGAUCUGUUCCACAACCUGCGCAACGAAGAAAGGCAGGCAUUGCUGCAUGAAGGUGCUGGCCACCAAGUGUUAUCUGCAUUCGUGGAGAUUGUGUUUGACAACUCUGACAAUCGGAUCCCGGUUGAUAAAGAGGAAGUGCGCCUCAGGAGAACAAUUGGUGUUAAGAAAGAUGAAUAUUUCUUGGAUGGAAAGCACAUAACGAAGACAGAAGUCAUGAAUCUACUGGAAAGUGCUGGAUUCUCUCGUUCCAAUCCUUAUUACGUUGUGCAGCAAGGAAAAAUAGCAUCCCUAACAUUGAUGAAGGACCCAGAGAGGCUUGAUCUGCUGAAGGAAAUUGGUGGGACUCGAGUUUACGAAGAGAGACGUCGUGAAAGUUUGAAGAUCAUGCAGGAGACUGGUAAUAGGAGAAAGCAAAUUAUUCAAGUUGUUCAAUACUUGGAUGACAGACUCCGGGAGCUUGAUGAAGAGAAAGAGGAGUUAAAAAAGUACCAGCAGCUUGACAGACAACGGAAAUCUCUAGAAUAUGUUAUUUAUGAUAAGGAACUUCAUGAUGCCAAAGAAAUGCUGGCAAAGAUAGAGCAGGAUCGCAACAAGGUUUCUGAGAAGUCUGCUAAGAUGUAUAACGAUGUUUUGGAUGCUCAUGAAAAGUGCAAGGAGAUAGACAAGUUACUCAAGGAUCUCACUAAAGAGGCACAAAUUUUAAGUAGAGAAAAAGAAGCAGUAGAGAAACAGAAAAAAGAAGCUAUUAAGAAGCGUGCAAAAUUCGAGCUUGAUGACAAAGACUUGCACGAUAAGAUUAAGGCGAAUAUUAAAGCUAAGGAGGAUGCUAUUUCUCAACUGGAGCUUUUGGAAAAUGAAAUUCAGGCUUCCAAUGCUGAACUCGCUCGAAUCAAGCAGCUGUAUGAUGAUCAGAUCAGAGAAGAAGAGAAUUUAACAAGAGGAAUAAAAGAUCGAGAAAAGCAACUUAGCAUUCUGUAUCAAAAACAGGGUCGUGCAACCCAGUUUGCAAGCAAAGCAGCUCGUGAUCAGUGGCUUAAAAAAGAAAUCCGUGACUACGAGCAAGUUUUAUCUUCAAAUCUAGCACAGGAGAAAAAGCUCAGGGAUGAAAUUGAACAGCUAAAGAAUGAUGUCACAGAGCAGGAUGUCCACAUACAGGGUCGUAAAGAUGAAGUUUCAGAAUUAGAAAGUCGAAUAUCUGGUUACAGACAAAGCUUCAAUGAGCGUAAAGUUGAGAGAGACAAUUUGCAAGACGAGCGAAAAGCCUUGUGGGGAAAGGAAAGUGAGCUCUCUUCUGAAAUUGAAAAGCUCAAAUCAGAUGUUAUUAGAGCUGAGAAAAGCCUUGACCAUGCAACUCCCGGUGAUAUAAGAAGAGGGCUAAACUCGGUAAGGAGAAUAUGUAAAGAGAUUAAUCUUACAGAAGGAGUGUACGGACCUGUUUGUGAAUUGCUAGAUUGUGAUGAAAAGUUCUUUACUGCUGUUGAAGUCACUGCUGGAAACAGCUUAUUUCAUGUCGUAGUUGAAACAGAUGAAAUAUCCACCAAAAUCAUUAGGCAUCUCAAUGCCCAGAAAGGUGGACGUGUCACAUUUAUACCAUUGAACAGGGUGAAGGCUCCAGCAGUUAAUUAUCCACACAACUCUAAUGUGGUGCCACUUUUGAAGAGAUUACAGUUCUCCGAAAAAUACGCAGCUGCAUUUGCCCAGGUGUUUGCAAAGACAGUGAUUUGCCGGGAUAUAGAUAUUGCUGCAAGGGUUGCCCGAGCUGAUGGUUUGGAUUGCAUUACUUUGGAAGGAGAUCAGGUAAACAAAAAAGGUGGCAUGACUGGGGGAUUUUAUGACCAAAGACGAUCAAAAUUGAAAUUCAUGAGUACUAUUAAACAAAAUAUGAAGUCUAUUGCAUUAAAGGAAGAGGAGCUGGAGGAGGUCAGAAGGAAACUUCACAAUAUCCUCACUAGACUUCACUUUUUACUUGGUGCUGCUAUUUGUUUUAUUGACCAUAAAAUCAAUGAAGUGGUGUCAGAGCAGCAGAAAAACGAUGCCACAUUGGCUCAUGAAAAAUCUUUACUUGAACAGCUGAGACAGGAAAUAAAGAACUCUGAGAAGCAGAAGCAAUCCAUUUCAAAAUCACUGGAGAAGAAAGAGAAGCUACUUUCUAGCAUAUUGUCUCAAAUAGAUCAAAAUAGAGCCAAUAUAGCUAUGAAGCAAGAUGAAAUGGGAACAGAACUUGUUGAUCAUUUGACACCUGAAGAGAAAGAGUCCCUCUCUCGGUUGAAUCCUGAAAUAACUGCUUUGAAAGAGCAGCAAAUCACCUGUAGAAGUAAACGCAUGGAGACUGAAACUCAAAAAGCAGAGCUUGAGAUGAAGCUUUCAACAAAUCUUGUUAGGCGGAAGGAAGAGCUGGAGGCAGUGAAGGCAUCGGCAGAGAAUGACAUAUUGCAAGGAGAAGCUGAACUAAAAAGACAGGAAUUUAUGGAUGCCAGUUUAUUAGUUGAUCAGUUGACUGAACAGCUCAAGAAAGUAACUGAGAACAUUACUCAGAGGAAUAAAAGAUUAGAAAAAAUUAAAGCCGAAAAAGAAGAACUAAAGGUUUUAGAAGACAAUUACCAAUCUACAUUACAGUCUGAAGCAAGAGAACUGGAGCAGCUAUUGAGUAAGAAGAACAUAUAUAUGUCCAAGCAAGAAGAGUACUCAAAAAAAAUCCGGGAAUUGGGUCCCCUGUCUUCUGAUGCCUUUGAAACGUACAAAAGAAGAAACAUGAAAGAACUGAACAGACAGCUUCACAACUGUAAUGAGGAGCUGAAACAAUUCAGCCACGUGAACAAAAAGGCCCUUGAUCAAUAUGUUAAUUUCACAGAGCAAAGAGAAGAACUUCAGAGAAGACAAGCUGAGUUAGAUGCAGGCGAUGAGAAAAUCAAGGAACUUAUAUCCGUAUUGGAUAUGAGGAAGGAUGAAUCAAUUGAACGCACAUUUAAAGGCGUGGCUAAGCAUUUUCGAGAAGUGUUCUCUGAACUUGUGCAAGGAGGUCAUGGAUAUUUGGUUAUGAUGAAGAAAAAGGACAACAAUGAUGCUGAUGAUGACCAAGACGAUGACGAGCCUGCCCCAGCUGAAGUUGGGGGAAGGGUUGAGAAAUACAUUGGUGUCAAAGUGAAGGUUUCCUUUACUGGGCAAGGGGAAACACAGUCGAUGAAACAAUUAUCUGGUGGUCAGAAAACUGUGGUGGCUUUGGCUUUGAUCUUUGCUAUACAACGAUGUGAUCCGGCACCGUUUUAUCUUUUCGAUGAGAUAGAUGCAGCGCUUGAUCCUCAAUACAGAACAGCUGUCGGGAACAUGGUUCGCCGUCUAGCAGACAUGGCUAGCACUCAGUUUAUUACCACUACGUUCCGUCCUGAGCUUGUGAAGGUUGCUGACAAGAUAUACGGGGUGACACACAAAAACCGAGUCAGUCUUGUGAACGUGGUGACCAAGGAAGAUGCUCUAGAUUUCAUCGAGCACGAUCAGUCCCACAAUGAGUAGUAGCAUCGCUGUUUGAUCAACAACCACCUCCAUGGGGAUGAUCUUUCUCCCUGACGUGUGUGUGAAUAUUGGCUGCCUGAUUUAGUUGGACUUAUGUUGCUGGUAUCUAUCUUCUAUUUCUAUUUCUAUAUAUAUAUUAUCAUUCUCAACUAACAUGUGUAGUAAACUAUAUCAGGUGUGGUUUGGUUGAUGUUUUUAGAUUCCUUGGUGUUAAAAGUUUAAGACACAUGGUAUAUAUAUCUUAGAACAUUCCUUCAGAUUA